ACACAUACUUUCUCACAUUUCUGUUUUAUUUCUGUAUAUCUAUAAUUAUUAGUUGUUGUUGUUGUUUUUUUUGUGUGUAUUUGUCUUUGUGAACCUUUUGGCACAAAUAAAAUGUUCUGAAUAUUAAAAUUUCAAUUCUAAUUUAGUUUAUUUUGUAUAAUUUCGGUUCCUUUGAUUUUAUUGUGGAUAUAUACAUUGACAUAUAUAUACUUCGAAUAUGUUCGUUUUUUCAACAGAUAUCUUUAUAAGAGCAGAUGUUUUUCUGUUUAAAGAAUAAAAUCAGAAAGUAACAAACUUUAUGUUUCCAUCACAUAUUCAUCUUUUAUAUGUUCAUGGAGAAGAGUACUCACUGUAAACUUAUUUCGCACCAACUUCGCGAACUAAAUCUACACUAAUUAGAGAUGACCUAUUUCCAUCGUUAUAUAUUAGUUUAGUUCGUCCGACAAUAUACGCAUAGUAUAUUGUCGGACGUUGCCAUUAUAAACUUUGAUGUUAUGAAUACUAUGUGAUAAUCUCGUUUCGUUGACAAGUAGUUUUAGGAAAUUAUUGAUAUAAUAUUGAUAAUUAACAGCCUGCUGUUUGUGUAUCUGUCUAUUUUCUAAGAUUAUUCGACUAGUUGUUUGAAGAAAAGUCGUGAAACAACGUUUUAAACCUAAUUUGCUGUGUCACACUAUAGCAGGUGCAAAUUCUUCGCUUAUAUUCCUUCUGUUUCAAGGAAUUUAUGUGUCACAAAUCUAGUGCUUGUCAUCUACUACCGCUUCCUGUAUUCGCCAUAUUUCCUUAGUCGGCUAUGUCCAACAAAAUUUAACCGAUCAAAAUAGUUUGUAAUCAUGGCAUUUAGUGCCGUAAUCAACCUGAUGAACUUUUUAAUCACAGAUGAUUUGAAAAAAAUUCCCAACAAAUGCCGUGAAAUAAAUUGAUUGUGCGUACGUAUUCAUGACUACUAGCUCAAAUACUUGUUGAAGUAAAACCUUGAUUAACUCUAUUCUCUAUUCUUAUCUGCAAAUGCCAGUACUUUUGGUAUGACCUAAGUAAGACCUUACUAAAAAAAUCCAAGAAGUUCCAAUAGCGAAAUGGUUCACUUGCUAUACCUUUUAAUUUACGUGACAUCUUAAUCAAGAUUUCGCAAUUAGGGUGAUUACUACAAAUUUUAUUAUAUUCUGUCAUAAUUUGUUCGGUAAGAGCUUUUCUUGUUGUUAGUGCAGCGGACUGAUUAGGUUCCGAUCCUUAACACGAAGUUAAGGAUGUUGUUGCGAGCGAAUACAUAUAGAAUAUCUUAUUGUUAUCUUCUGUUAGUUAAGAUCAGCACAGUUCUAAUUCCAGUCAAUUUCACUUCUUUUUAGCUAAAAGAAUGACUUCGUCUAAUGAACAUCAGCAGUUAUGGCAACGUCUAAAUGACGGUUUAUCUAAUGUUAAAAAGUUUCAAAAUUUGUCGGUGUCUGGCUGCAGUGAUCAUGAAAUUGAGAUGUUUGAACAACGUGUUCAUGUAAAAUUACCCGAUGAUAUAAAACAAUUUCUACGUGUUCAUAACGGUCGUGAAAAAAUAUCUUUUGGUCUACCUUAUCGUUUGGCUACAACAGAUUUGUUACCGUUAGAAGAAUGGAAACCAUAUGAAAAACAAGAAUGGGUCGAUAUGUUUUUUAAAUGUUUGAAUGAAGAAUGUUGUGACGCUCAAUUGCUAAAAGAAGAUGCUGAACAGCAUUUAAAACUUUAUCGUAGAAAUGGCAAGAGUGUAAAAGAAACUAAAUUUCUCUCCUUACCAUGUGAAAUUUUGGUAAUCGGUAAUGGUAUGGAUGAUUAUUGUGAAGAAAUUUUACUUGGUUUAAAAACCGGUCAGUUAUAUUUGGCUGUGCAAAAUAUUCCAGAAUGGUCAAAAAUUGGAACAUUUAAAGAUUGGAUUGAAACAGGAUUAAAUGCAAUUGAAGAGAGAAUGGAUGAUAUUAAAGAAAGUCAUGAUGAGAAUUAA